AUGCAAAGAUGGAGUCUUGGAUUCCCAGCUCUAUUUCGGUUAAGAAAUUGUGUAUGUAGUGGCAAUUCAUCAUGGGGAGAUGUUUGGAGGUAUUGUCAGUGUAUCGGGUUUUCCAACCCGAGGGUGCCAAAGCCAGUUCAGCAUGGGACCGGGAUUCUGGUGGUUCAGGGAUUAUUUCUAGCUCUCAUGAGUCAAAUGAUUGUUGUGAAUUGGAGCGAGCGAAGUAUCAGGGAGUGGUACUCAGUGGUUAGGUGUGAUUAUCAGAGGAUGAGACCAGCAGCCGGUUUGAAGCGGGGGUCAGAACACCGCAAGAAAGAGAAAGUUGGGUUCGAUUUUCGAUGGCCGUGUUUUGAGGAAUCUGGUUUGGUUAAGGCCAGUAGAAGGGUAGAUCUACGUUUUGGAGCGAUUGCAUGGCCUGGAAGGCUUCUGUAUGGGUUAAGAACUAGUGGUACUCGGCGAGUCACAAGGAUGUACUCGACGAGUUGCUUAAAGGCAGGCAGGAACUUGACGAGUUUGAAGAACAACUCGGCGAGUUGGUUGAAGAUAGCCUUGGACUCGGCGAGUCUGGUCUUGAGUGGUGGAGAUCGUGACAGUGGUCGGAGCAUUUCGAUUUUAUCUUUCCAGUCAGCAGUUGCGAGGUUCUUUAGGAAACUGUGGCAAGGCAAAGGCGUGAUCGUACCGCUCAUCGUGUUUGUGUUUUAUGAUAUGCUAGCUAGUACCAAAGGGCUUGUAGCCCAACGGUAUCAGGUGGUGCACUCCCUCUUUGAGGUCGAGGGUUCAACUCCCGUCGUGGAUAUAAGUGAAAUAGGAUCGGUUAAUGUGAAUCAUUCGAUCUGUGUUUUGAUUUUUUCAUCAGGCUGUGAAUCGAGUACCUUGGGUUUUCAAAGCUUUACAGACAUCGCUAUCUUCAAAGGCAAACAAUGA